UACAAAUGAUUAGAGUUCAGAAUAAAGAAAAAUAAAAAAAGCGAAAAAGCACGAAAAUGAAUUAACAUCAUUGCCAUCAUACCAUACCACCAAUACCAUGAGCAACAAUCGUCGAACUCACCAUCACCAACCUUACACACAGUUCAUUCAAAUUUCAGUCAGUCGCUCUCGGAGCGUUGUCGUGAAUGUAUUAUAUUUUGUUACAGAGACGUUGUUUGGUGAUGAACGUAUUGUGAAAAUUUUUAAACUAAAAAGAAGCAAAAAACGAAUAAAUAAAUAUAAAAAAAAAUCGGGAACGUGGAAUACUUAGAGUUGACUGCAGUCAGUGUCAGUUAAUAAACUGUGUCAUUCGUAUUGAAUAAAUGAGCGCGAUUCGUACGUAUAGUUGGUUUAACUAUUUUGUGUUAUUUUAGAAGUAAAACAAAAAAAUAAAUUUAAAAGAAGAGUUUAAGAAACGUACAUGGUUUUUGGUGUGGAGUUAGAGCCGUUUUGCGAAGAUCUAACGUAUUAAAAGGUUUAUCUACACAUCAGAGCGAGGAAUACAACAGAGCGUCAACGUUCAAAACAAAUCUAUGUGUUUAUAUGAACUGAAAUCAAGCAUUUCCGGUGUUAUAUGUCAAUUUGUGAAGUGAAAUUUUGUGUUAUUGUUGUACAAAAGUAUCAUAGAAUAAAAAGUAAAUUGUCGAUCGAGUUGUGUAGCCGUGCGCAUGUGUAUGUGAUUCAAGUGAUGUUGUUACCCAACUUCAAUUUGGAUAUACUAAAUCGUUCCUGAUCAUCAUUUUCUUUUCUUUUUCUUUUCGUUUCCUAAUACCAACAACACGAAACACCAUUAGCAAUUGCUGAGAUAAAUCGUUAGGCCAUUAGGAAAUGGCGUCGCCGGACGAAAAACGGUGUCCUGCUAAUUAUUCGAAUUUAGUAGGAGUCGUUGCUUUCAUUUGGAUAAGUGUUUUCGUGGUUGCCGUUCAAGCGCUUCAUGAUGAUGCCACAGGAACAACAACAGCAACAGCAACAGAAGUGCCAUGUCCGACGGGUAUGUUUCGAUGCUCGGAAGGAAAAUGUAUACCAUCGCUGUGGGUUUGUAAUUAUCAAAAAGACUGCGAAAAGGGUGAAGAUGAAUUUCAGCAAUGUCCACCACCUGAAUGUGAUGCGGGACAAAUUAGCUGUGGGCAAUAUGUUUUCAAUAAAACAUAUUGUAUUCCACCACAUUACCGUUGCGACAUGACUGUAGAUUGUGUUGACGGCACUGAUGAAUCGGAUUGUACCUAUCGUAAAUGUCAACCUGAUGACAUCCAUUGCGGAGCACCGACCGAAGGCUUUCCAUCCACGACUGGCCGAAUUGCCGAUCCUUGUGUGCCGAAAGAAAAGAAAUGUGAUGGUUACUUGGAUUGCCGUAGUGGACGCGACGAAGAAGGUUGUCCGGGUGCUAAAUGCCGAUUAGAUCAAUUCCGUUGUGCCAACGGUCAGAAAUGCAUCGAUUUAAAUUUGAAGUGUAAUCACAAAAACGAUUGUGAAGACAACUCCGACGAACAGUCUUGCAAUUUUCCGGCCUGCCAUAUUGGCCAGUUCCGAUGUGCCAAUUCGUUAUGUAUUCCAGCCAAUUUCCAUUGUGACGGUUAUCAUGACUGUUCGGAUGAGAGCGAUGAAACAAAUUGUACUGCAAUAGCUUGUCCAGAUAACAAAUUUUUGUGUCCUCGAGGUGGACCAAAUGGUAAGCCAAAGUGUAUUGCCAAAACUCAACUGUGUGACGGUAAACGAGAUUGCGAAGAUGGAACCGACGAGGAGACAGCAUGCUCUACUGCCUCUUGUCCUGCAUUGAACUGUGAGCACAAAUGCGGUCCGUCAUUAACCGGAGGUGUUUGUUAUUGCCCGGCUGGUCGAUCUUUGUCGAACGAUAAUAAGACUUGUGUCGACUUGGACGAGUGUAUGGAAUGGGGUCAUUGCGACCAACUCUGUGCCAAUAGUGAUGGAUCGUUCUCUUGUUCGUGUGCCAACGGUUACACAUUAGUGGAUAAAAACCGAUGCAUCUCUCCAAGUGCUGGAACUUUAGAGUUGAUUUUCGCCCAUGAUAGAGCAAUAGUGCGUAUGUCUGCACACGGUCAGGACUCGAGAAAUAUUGCAAAUGCUACUGGUGCUAGCGGUAUCGCUUUCCAUCAAGCCAGAAAUCUUCUCUUCUGGUCGGACACGAAAACUAGAAAAGUUCAAUCGAUGCCAUUGACUGAAGGUGGAUUUGGAGGUACCGACAUUACAUUACCAGGCACAUGGGCACCAGUGGCCUUAGCCGUAGAUUGGAUCGGUAACAAGCUUUAUGUAGCGGAUUUUGUCGGCCAAAAAGUAGAUGUGUUUGAAUUGAAUGGACAAUGGCAUGCCGUCGUACUAGGCUCGAAUUUAACAAGUCCAGCAGAUCUCGCGUUAGAUCCCACAUCGGGACUAAUGUUUGUGGCUGAUGGCGGUCAAGUAUUAAGAGCUCAUAUGGACGGCACUCACUCUAGAUCAAUUGUGUCCGAAGCAGCAUACAAGGCAUCUGGCGUUGCUGUGGAUGUAAUUGCUAAAAGAGUUUACUGGUGCGAUUCACUGUUGGAUUACAUAGAAACUGUUGAUUAUGAUGGUGGACACAGAGUUAUGGUAGUAAGAGGACAAUCUGUUCCAAGUCCAUCUAGGCUAGCGCUAUUCGAGAAUCGUGUUUUCUGGACAGACGCCACAAAGCAGGGAAUUAUGUCGGUGGACAAAUUCGAAGGACCAUCCAGCAUUCAGUCGAUUUACAAAUCGAAAGAUGUUCGUGAGCCUAAAGCUAUCGUUACCGUUCAUCAAUUUAGUCAGCAGGUUGUGCCGAGUCCAUGCGGAAGUAAUAAUGGAGGUUGCCAACAGCUAUGCAUUGUGACAGCAGUGAAAGGAGCUCCAUCCGGAUUAGGUUUUCGUUGUGCUUGUCAUACGGGAUACCAGCUUGCCGAAGACUUACGAAAUUGCUAUCUCGUGCAGCAGUUCCUCAUGUACUCGCAGCAGCGCUUCAUUAAGGGCAAAGUUUUGAAUCCUGUAAUCGAGGGUUUUAGCGAUGCCAUAUUGCCGGUUGUGUCCAGACGAGCUCGGUUCGUUGGCCUAGACUUCGAUUCUCGUGACGAGCAUAUCUACUACUCGGACGUACUUCAAGAUGUCAUUUACCGCGUUCAUCGAAAUGGAACCGGACGAGAAAUUGUAUUGGCUUCACAGAAUGAGGGUGUCGAAGGGUUAGCAGUAGAUUGGGCAUCGAAAAACUUGUAUUACAUUGACAGUCGUAAAGGUACUCUGAAUGUUUUAUCCACACGGAAUGUAACUCAUCGAAGAACAUUGCUGAAAAAUCUGAAGCGUCCCAGAGCCAUUGUUGUCCAUCCGAACAAAGGUUACAUAUUUUUCUCGGAAUGGGAUCGACCGGCCAAUAUAACCAGAGCCAAUGCUGAUGGCAGUGAACCGUUAGUAUUUAAAAACGUGACGCUUGGCUGGCCAAAUGGUUUGUCGAUUGAUUUCAAAGAGGACCGAGUCUAUUGGUGCGAUGCCCUUCUCGAUCAUAUUCAACACGCAAAUUUAGACGGCUCAGACAUUAAAACGGUUAAUUCUCGACUGAUACGGCAUCCGUUUUCGAUUGUCAUUCACGAGGAGUCGAUGUACAUAACAGAUUGGAGACUGGACGCUAUCGUUAGACUGCACAAACUGACUGGAGAGCAAGAAGAAAUCAUGGUUCGCGAACCACAAACAAAUCGUUUGUAUGGCGUCAAGGUGUACAGUCAUGAGGUGCAAACGAUAGAAGCUACCCAACCUUGUUCGGUAAACAAAGGCGGUUGUGAAAAACUAUGUUUUGCAGUGCCAGUUAAUGGAUCACAUGUUCUGACCGUAAAAUGUUCGUGUCCAUACGGUGAACGUAUCAAUGAUGAUGGUAGAACUUGUAUGGCAGAUCCGAAUGCUGAACCACCAGUUCAGGCGUGCCCCAACUCAUGGGACUUCACGUGCAACAAUCAAAGAUGUAUCCCUAAGUCGUGGCUGUGUGACGGCGAUGAUGAUUGUUUGGAUAACAGUGACGAAGAACAGAACUGUACAAAACCGACAUGUGGUACCAACGAGUUCCAGUGUAAAUCGGGUCGCUGCAUUCCGCUCAAUUUCCGAUGUGACCAGGAGAACGAUUGUGGCGAUCAUUCGGAUGAGUUUGAAUGCGGCAACGUGACUUGUGCGGCGUCACAAUUUGCAUGCACCAACGGACGCUGUAUUUCAAACAUGUGGAAAUGCGAUAGUGAAAACGAUUGUGGUGAUGGCAGUGACGAAGGUGAAUUUUGUGCUGAGAAAACCUGUGCCUAUUUCCAAUUUACGUGUCCACGAACGGGCCAUUGUAUUCCUCAAUCAUGGGUCUGUGACGGCGACGACGAUUGUUUCGAUAAACAGGACGAAAAGGACUGCCCGCCCAUUACAUGCUUAGCUAAUCAAUUUAAAUGCUCCGACCUGCGGCAAUGCGUAGAGGAAUCAUACAAAUGUGAUGGAAUACCAGACUGCAACGAUGGCAGUGACGAAUUGGGCUGUCCAUCGAUGGGACCGAAUCAAUGCAAUAUCGAAAAGCACUUUAGAUGCAAAUCGUCUGGUAUUUGCAUUCCGAUUGCAUGGCACUGUGACGGCUCGAAAGACUGUGAUGAUCACUCCGACGAAGAAGAUUGCGGAACGAUAUCCUGCCCGAACAACUUCUACAAAUGCAACAACAACAACUGUGUAUUCAAGGCCUAUAUUUGUGAUGGCAAGGACGAUUGCGGUGAUGGUUCUGAUGAAAGUGCUGUCCAUGCGUGCGUUGCCCCAGAAUUCAGAUGCCCGCCAGGACAGUGGUUGUGUCCAGAAGUGACCGGACGUUGUGUAAACAUUUCGUCAGUGUGUGAUGGCACUCCAGAUUGUCCGAAUGGAUUAGAUGAAGGCGAAGGAUGUGAUCUGGCAGAAUGCCAACAUCAAUCAGGAUUGUGUUCGAAUGGAUGCCAGAAAACUCCUCUCGGUGCAAUGUGCAUAUGUCCGCCUGGCGAAGAGUUGGGACUCGAUAAAUUCAACUGUCAGGAUUUGAAUGAAUGCGAACCGCCUGGAAUUUGCUCGCAAACGUGUACCAACACCAAAGGAUCAUAUUUUUGUUCGUGCACAGAGGGAUAUCUACUCGAACCGGAUAAACAUACAUGCAAAGCCGUGAACCAUUCGACUGCAUUUUUGAUUAUUUCCAACCGUCACUCAAUUUUAGUUGCUGAUCUGAAAGAGCAAGGAUUGGAACGAGUUCCGAUCAUCGUUGAAAAUGUCGUUGCGACCGCGUCUAACAUGCAAACUGGUACUAUCUUUUGGAGUGACAUGAAAUUGAAGAAAAUUUCCCGUUUGGACCGUGGGAUGGAACCGCAGGAGAUCAUAUCCACAGGAUUAGACUUAGUUGAAGGUCUAGCAUACGAUUGGAUUGGGAAGAAUUUGUACUGGUUGGACAGUAAACUGAACACCAUCGAAGUUUGCAGUGAGAACGGUUCGAAUCGACUGGUGAUGGUACGGGAAAAUAUAACGCAGCCACGAGGAUUGUGCUUGGACCCAAGUGCAGAUUCGAAAUGGAUUUUCUGGACUGAUUGGGGAGAGAAUCCAAGAAUCGAAAGAAUUGGAAUGGACGGAACUAUGCGUCAAACGAUUAUCAACACGAAAAUUUACUGGCCGAAUGGAUUAACAUUGGACACAGCCACUAAACGCGUUUACUUUGCUGACUCGAAAUUGGAUUUCAUUGAUUUCUGUUAUUACAAUGGAACAGGACGGCAGCAAGUUCUAGCCGGCAGUCACUACUUAUUGCAUCCUCAUUCGCUGUCUAUGUUCGAAGACACACUGUACUGGACAGAUCGUCAGCUAAAUCGAGUCCUGUCUGCACACAAAUUCAAAGGAACGAAUCAAACGGUUGUGUCGCAUUUGAUCUCUCAACCAUUGUCGAUUCAUGUACAUCAUCCGUCGCUACAGAUAAUGUAUGAAAAUCCAUGCGAAAAAUCCAAUUGCCAACAUUUGUGCUUGUUGAGUCCGAGUGCUUCGUCAGGUUGGUCAUGCAAAUGUAAGCCCGGAUACAGACUCAGUGACGGAAAAUGCUUAGAAGAAGAAAAUGCUUACAUAAUGCUGCUUAAGGGCAACCAAAUUAUUGAUGUGCCAUUGAAUGGUGGUGAUGCUAGAGCCGGUGCAUUAACACCAGUUGUCGGCAUUGACGGAGGCAUUGGACUGGACUUUGAUCGUAAAGGUGAAACUCUGUACUGGAUUCAGGGUCGUGAAGAUGACGAUGAAAAUUGUACCGUUAUGUCGACGCCUUAUGGUGGAGGUAAUAAAACGGAAUUCUUGGGAGCCGACACUGGAAUCGUUGGAGCUGCUUGUGUGCUAGCGUUCGAUUGGUUGGGAAGAAAUUUGUUCAUUGGCAAUAAAGUCGCCGGUAACAUUGAAGUCAUACGAGUUGAUGGUAAAGUCAAGCAUCGAGCAGUUUUACUGUCGAAUGACGGGAAUAAAACAUCCGUGGCGAAACCCAGAGCUAUAGCUCUUGACCCAACCGAUGGAAAAGUUUAUUGGAUCGAUGAAGGAGGAUCAGGCGUUCCUUCGAAAGUUGCCCGCAUGAACAUGGACGGAACAAAUUCAAUAAUUCUGGUUGAUGGAGUCGAUUUUCCGGAAGCCAUUACAGUAGAUGUUGACAAGAAACUGGUAUACUAUAGCACGCAACAUCCACCGACAGUGUGCGUAGUCGGCGUCAAUGGUGACAAUCAACGGGUUUUACUGUCUGAGAAAGAUGACAUAUCGAAACCGAGAAGUCUGGGCAUCCUAGACUCUAGACUCUACUAUCUGGAUCCUGUGUAUGAGAAAAUUGUCAGAGUUGAUCUACCGAAUGGAGAAAAUGCCAAAACAAUCGUUGACAAUGAAUCCGACUUGAAAUCGAUGACCAUCUUCAAGAAAAGAUCCAUGAUGCAGCAUCCAUGUCAAACAAACAAUGGUGGCUGUGAACACAUUUGCCUGCCACAUGAAAAUGGUGCGCGUGUUUGUCAAUGCGCAAUCGGUUAUCGUAAGGAAAACGACAUCACCUGCACUCCAUACAAAACAUUUGCGGUUGUAUCGCAAUUGGAUGUGACACGGGGCUACAGUUUGAAAGACAGUUCUGAGGGAAUGGUGCCAAUUUCCGGUCCCGGUCAUCACAUUUUACAUGUAGAUGUAGUGUACAGAGAAUCGUGGAUCUAUUGGGCAGAAUAUAACCGAGGUCAUUGGAAUGGAAUAUUCCGUACUCGUCCGAAUGGUACUGAGGUGCAACAUAUUAUCAAGGAGGGUAUUGGCAGCAAUGGCGUUCGAGGCUUAACAAUUGAUUGGGUAGCCGGAAACCUAUACUUUACAAAUGUAUUCCCGCACGAAAAUUAUGUCGAAGUUUGUUGGUUGGAUGGUAGCAAUCGUAAGGUUCUAGUCAAGACUACAAGUGAUGCACCAAGAGAAUUAGCAGUCAAUCCAAUUAAACGACUUCUGUACUGGAUCGAUUACGGCCAGUAUCCACGAAUCGGCAAAGCUUAUUUGGAUGGAUCCAAUUGGGUGCCGGUUGUAACGUCCGGUAUAUCUAAUCCUAGGGAUUUAACUGUAGACAUGUUGACUCACGAUGUUUAUUGGGUUGACUCAAAGCUGGAUAUGAUCCAGAAAAUUUCAUACAGUGGCGGCAACCGACAAGUCAUUCGCCGUAACUUACCGAAUCCAAUGGGCUUGGCAGUUCAUUUAGGCGAUGUGUACUGGGUGGACAGAAAUCUAAUGACUGUUUUCAAGGCAUCCAAACUUCCUGGAAACAGCAGUCUGCCGACACGUUUGCGAUCGAACUUACAAAAACUGCGUGACAUUGUCAUCUACGACAUUAACAAUCAACCGAUGGACGAUACGAAUCCUUGUUUACGAUUGGGCAACGGUGGAUGUGAUCAAUUGUGCUUCAGUUUUCCACCGGAUAGCACUGCAGCUAAUAUACCAAAGCCGAGCUUCCAAUGCGAUUGUGCCACAGGCAAACUAUCGGUUGAUGGAAGGAAAUGUGAAAUUGUUGACGAGUAUGUGGUCUUUUCGACCCGAACCGAAAUUCGUGCUGUGAAUCUGGAUCCGAAAUCGACUGGUGUACCAUUUAAACCGUUGGGUAAUCUGACGAAUGUCGUUGGUUUAGACUUUGAUUAUGCUGACAAUAAACUGAUCUUUACCCAAAUUCGACCGUGGUCGAAAAUCGCUUGGACAAGUUCUGACAAUCCGUCGGCAACGAAUAUCAACAAUGUAAUCUCGAAAAGCAUUAAUCCGGAGGGAAUUGCGUAUGAUUGGACUCAGAAAAAGAUUUAUUGGACGGAUAGUUCAAACAAUUCCAUUUAUGCGAUUAACUUUGAUGGCAGCGAACUGGUGAUGAUCACAAGAGUAGAACGACCAAGAGCUAUCGUUCUCGAUCCAUGCAAUGGAACGCUUUAUUAUACGGACUGGGGACGAUUCGGAACGAGUGGAAAGAUUUUCCGUACCACAAUGGCUGGUUCAUUGAAACGACCGAUCAUUGACAAAGACCUAUCACAACCGAGCGGACUGGCUAUUGACUACGAAGAUCGAAUGUUAUACUGGACGGAUGCUGUUCGAGAGAAGAUUGAACGAUCCCAGUUGGACGGAAGAGAUCGCGAGAUAUUGGUUUCGGCCACAAUUUAUCCGUUCGCUAUCACCGUGUUCAGGAAUUACAUUUACUGGACCGACUUACAAUUGAGAGGCGUCUAUCGGGCUGAAAAGCAUACCGGUGCGAAUAUGAUUGAAAUGGUCAAGCGGCUGGAGGACUCUCCCAGAGACAUUCAUGUGUUUAGUAACACACGCCAGAAAUGCCAAUCCAAUCCGUGCUUGCAAAAUAAUGGAGGAUGUGCGCAAAGUUGUCAUCCGGGUUUGAACGGAAAGGCCGAAUGCCGAUGUGACGACAAUUCGAAAAUUGUGAACGAACAACGAAUGUGUGUACCGAAGAAUUUCACAUGCGAUGCCAGCAAAUUCUAUUGCAUGAACGGCAAAUGCAUAUCCCGAAUGUGGUCUUGUGAUGGGGAUGAUGACUGUGGCGACGGAUCUGAUGAGGAUUUGAACUAUUGUACGUUCCACUCGUGUUCACCGAACGAAUUCCGAUGCAACAACGGUCGGUGCAUAUUCAAAUCGUGGAAAUGCGACCACGAGUACGAUUGCGGAACGGACAAGGGCAAAUCUUGCAAUGACAACGAAUGCAAAGACAGAUCUGAUGAAGAAGGAUGCACAUAUCCUCCGUGCGUUGACGGUGAAUUUACUUGUCUGAAUGGACGUUGUAUUCCACAGUCUCAAGUUUGCAAUGGGGUCAACGAUUGCAAAGACAAUGCCACUUCAGACGAAACACACGAAAAGUGUCCCCAAAAUACAACCUGUCCUGCCAACCAUCUCAAAUGUGAAAAGACAAAUAUUUGCGUCGAGCCGUAUUGGCUCUGUGAUGGAGACAAUGACUGCGGCGACAAUUCGGACGAAGAUCCGUUACACUGCGCGCAACGAACGUGCCCACAAAACAGUUUCCGAUGUCCCAAUCACCGAUGCAUACCGGCCACUUGGUAUUGUGAUGGAGACGAUGAUUGCGGCGAUGGUGCCGACGAACCACCAGAGUAUUGCAAGUCAGAGGGUAGAACGUGUUUCGGUGACCUGUUUACGUGCGAUAACGGAAAUUGUAUCCCGCGAAUUUACAUCUGCGACGGUGACAAUGAUUGCUUGGACAAUAGUGACGAGGAUGAUAGACAUCAAUGCAAUGACCGAAAAUGUGACGAAGAAACGGAAUUCACGUGCGAGGAAAAUAAAUCAUGGGGUCGAGCGCAAUGCAUACCCAAAAAAUGGCUGUGCGAUGGUGAUCCCGAUUGUGUCGACGGAGCGGAUGAGAAUGUAACAUUGCAUCAUUGCCCAACGCCUCAACCGUGCGGAGAGGAUAUGUUCACCUGUGACAACGGUAGAUGCAUCAAUAAGGGCUGGCUCUGCGAUCAUGACAAUGAUUGUGGUGAUGGUACCGACGAAGGUAAAUUCUGCAAUUCCCAGUAUAAGACAUGCUCGCCGCAAGAGUUUACCUGCCAGAAUUUCAAAUGCAUCCGAAACCAAUAUCGCUGUGACGGUGAGGACGAUUGCGGUGAUAGGUCCGACGAAUCCGGUUGUAACAAAAAGGGAAAUACGACGUGCGCAACCGGACAAUUUACCUGUACAAAUGGUCAGUGUAUUGAUUAUCAUUUGGUGUGUAACAAAGUGGCAGAUUGUACGGACGAAUCUGAUGAACCGUUGCACUGUAAUGUGGACGAAUGUGCCAAGGUGGAAAUUCAUCAAUGCGGCCAUAAGUGUGUUGACACCCUUACCAGCUACUACUGUGAUUGUAAUCAGGGAUAUAAGCUUCUUGCUGAUGGCAAAGCUUGUGCAGAUAUCGACGAAUGUUUGGAAACGCCUGGUGUGUGUUCACAACACUGUUCGAAUACACCUGGUGGAUACUACUGUAAAUGUGACGAUCUGUACUAUGAACGACAAAACGAUGAGCACACCUGCAAACGGAAGGAUAAUACGGAACCGUGGCUUAUAUUCACCAAUAAAUAUUACAUCCGUAAUAUGUCGGUGGACGGUCACCAAUACAAUCUGAUACAUCAGGAUUUGAUGAACGUUGUUGCCUUGGAUUUUGAUACGAAAGACAAUUACAUGUACUUCUGUGAUGUGACGGCAAAGACAAUAUUCCGUUCGAAAUACGGCGCAGAUGGUAAAAUGGAAAAGGAGCCAGUCAUUCGGCAUGAUUCGCAUGGUCUUGAAGGCAUAUCGAUCGAUUGGAUUGGAAGAAAAUUGUACUGGCUGGAUAGACAUUCGAAGAAUUUGGAUGUGGCUGAAUUGGACGGCACCAAACGUAAAACUUUACGCAGUGGAGUAGUUGAUCCACGGGCUAUCGCUGUUCAUCCAGGCAUCGGUUAUCUUUAUUUCACCUCAUGGCAUCUACAAGCGUACAUCGCUAAAAUGGGCAUGGAUGGAUCGAAUUUCACGCGUAUUCUUACGUGGGAAAAUGACAUCGCAUGGCCGAAUGCGUUGACCAUCGAUUUCUUCACUGACCGAAUUUACUUUGCCGACGCGCAUUUGGACUACAUUGCAUUUACCGAUUUGGAGGGACGUCAUCGACACGUUGUAUUAUCCGGCUCGAAAGUUCCACAUGUCUUUGCAUUGACUCUCUUCGAUGACAUGCUGUACUGGACUGAUUGGAAUCUAAAAGCAAUUCUGCGAGCCAACAAAUUUACCGGCAAAGAUCUGCAAACAAUUCGUAAUACUACCCAUCGACCCUACGACAUUCACAUCAAUCACCCGUUGAGACAGGUGCAAUUUGCCAAUCCUUGCGGCGAACACAAUGGAGGAUGCUCACAUCUGUGUCUUCUAUCUCCACCCGCUGAGUCAACGUACCUGAACAUCGAAGGCUAUAUAGAAGAAGGAGCGCCCAGCUACAAAUGCGCCUGUCCAAAUCAAUUUUAUCUGGCAAGAGAUUCCAAAACGUGUGUUGCUAACUGCACGACGGGUCAACAUCGAUGCGGUGGCAAUGACGAGAAAUGCAUUCCCUGGUUCUGGAAAUGUGACGGCGAAAAAGAUUGUAAAGAUGGUUCAGACGAACCGAGCACUUGUCCACAACGACAUUGCCGUGCCGGAACAUUCCAGUGUGGCAACACGAACUGUACUCCCUCGGCAACCAUUUGUGAUGGUACGGAUGAUUGCGGUGAUGGCAGUGACGAAACGAACUGUGAGUUACCGUGUCCAGAGUCUGAUUUCAAAUGUCGGGCCAGUGGACGAUGUAUUCUGGAGAGUUGGAGCUGUGAUGGUGAUUCUGAUUGUAAAGAUGGAAGUGACGAAGAUCCGGCUGUGUGUCACAAACGAGCCUGUGAUGAAGAAACAGAAUUUACCUGCAAAAAUGGCAGAUGCAUUCCGAAAUUGUGGAUGUGCGAUUUUGAUAACGAUUGUGGAGAUGAUUCCGAUGAGCCAGCAUAUAUGUGCCGUCAACGUAACUGUACAACAGGUUGGCAGAGAUGUCCUGGUCAGUCGAACUAUCGAUGCAUUCCGAAAUGGCUAUUCUGCGACGGAAAGAAUGACUGUAGAGAUAACAGCGACGAACUACCAGAAAAUUGUCCGGUUUGCAAUCCAGAAACUGACUUCAAAUGCGAAAACAAUCGAUGCAUUCCCAAGCAAUGGAUGUGUGAUUUCGCCGACGAUUGUGGCGAUGGAAGUGACGAGAAGGAGGAUCACUGCAAAGGAAAGUAUCGCGAAUGUUCCGAAUCAGAAUUCCGUUGCGGAAAUGGUAAAUGCAUUUCGAGUCGCUGGUUAUGCGACCAUGAAGACGAUUGUGGCGACAACACCGAUGAGAUCAACUGCGAAGGAUUCCAAUGUAAAAACGGUACAUUCCAAUGUGCAUCCGGUCACUGUAUUGCCGCCUAUUUCCGUUGUGAUGGCGAUAGAGAUUGUCGCGAUAUGUCUGAUGAAGCUGAUUGUCCACCGCGCUUCCCGGGAGGAAGAUACUGCCCCGAGUCAAGAUUCCAAUGUAACAACAAUUUGUGCGUUUCACCAUCCGAUCUGUGUGAUGGAACCGACGAUUGCGGCGACAACUCAGAUGAAUCGGCAACAGUUUGUUCGGACUUUAACUGUGAUACGUUGAGACGAUUCCAAUGUGCCAAUCAUCGAUGCGUUGCCCGUUACCAAAUUUGCGAUGGAAUCGACAAUUGUGGCGAUGGUUCCGACGAAAACAACAUGACACUGUGUGCAACCAGACAGAAACCAUGCGAUACUUACACCCAAUACAAAUGUGCCAACAAAAAGUGUAUCGACCGGGCACAAGUUUGCGAUUAUGCCGAUGAUUGUGGUGACAAAUCCGAUGAAUUGGGCUGCCAUCAUUCGUCAACCUGUUCGGAUGUGACACUGGGCGGAUGUGAACAUCACUGUACGAAUUUGACCGACGGUGGUUACAUAUGUGCCUGCAAUGCCGGUUACAUCAUUUCGCCGGAUAAUCGAAAGAAAUGUGACGACAUUGACGAAUGUGCGACUGGAACACACACAUGCAGUCAUACGUGCACCAAUUUGAACGGAACGUAUUCUUGUUCGUGCAGAGACAGUUUCAGAUUGUCGGAUAAUUUGUCGGGUGUGUGCAAAGCCAUCAAAGACGACGUAAUGGUAAUAUUUGCCAAUGGUCCGGAGAUACGAGGCUACAACGUGUUGGAACGCGAUGAAUUCGAUGUCAUUCAGUCGGAAAAACGAAUCGAGGCACUUGAUUAUAAUGCUGCAACACAAAUCGUUUUCUGGGCCGAUAGCUACGACAAAACAAUCAAGCGCUCUUACAUGGUCAAUGCUCAAGAGGGUAAAGCGAAAAUUGGAUUUGCUCAGGACUUGAAUAUGAAAGGAAACUCGAAACCGACAGCUGUGGCUGUGGAUUGGGUAGCCGACAAUUUGUACUGGACAGAGACUGAUCGAACUGGUUCGAAACCAAGAGGUCGAGUAUUAGUGGCCAAAACCGAUGGUCGCUACAGACGAGCAGUUAUAAGUGCCGGACUAGAAAUUCCAACAUCGAUAGCUGUAAAUCCACAAUUAGGACGAAUGUAUUGGGCUGAUGCUGGAUCAGCACCAAAGAUCGAAGUGUCUUGGAUGGACGGCUCAAAACGACGUCCAUUGAUCACUGAAGCAAUUCGCCAUCCAGCUGGCCUAACAAUCGAUUAUGCUCAGGAUCAUACGAUCUACUGGGUCGACACAAAACUCAACACAAUUGAAUCAAUGCGACCGGAUGGUACGAUGAGAAAUACUAUCAUAAAGGGUGAGCCUCUCCACCAUCCAGUUUCACUCGAUGUUUUCGAGUCCGAUCUUUAUUGGGUCACUCGGGACACCGGCGAAUUGGUGCGUCAAGAUAAAUUCGGACGUGGUGUUCAAGUGGUGGUUCAACGAAGUUUAGUCAAUCCAUCCGGUGUGAAAAUCUACCAUCAAGAGCGUUACAACACAUCGUUGAAGAAUCCAUGCUUUAAGAGUUCCUGUUCCCAUUUGUGUCUGUUAGUUCCGGGUGGAAGACGUUGCGCAUGUCCCGACAACACUGCACCGCCAGCAUCACAUCGCAGCACAGUAGAAGUGAUCUGUGAUGCAGCUGCAGAGAAACCGAGACCGGAUCCACGAGUUUGCCCGUGCGAAAAUGGCGGAGUUUGUGUGGAAGAUGAUGUGGGUGAAUUAUUGUGCGACUGUCUGCCCAAUUUCGCUGGCAGCAAUUGUGAACGAUCGUUGGGUCAUUCAUAUACGCCAGGAAAUAGCAAUGUGGCAGCUGUACUAGUUCCUAUAAUGGUUAUCAUACUGGUGCUAAUGGCAGCUGGUGCUGUGUGGUAUGUGGUCAGGAAGAGACCAUUCGGAAAAAUGGCUCGACUAAGCAGCUUAUCGUCGUCACAGAGCGUUUCAUUCAGACAUGGAACCAAUGUUGAAUUCAAUUCACCAGGUUUUCAACCGCCGAGUGGUCCACCAGGAACUGGUACCAUUGAAGGUGUUCCUCCUAUGGAAGGAUAUAAUUUGCAAGCGAUCAGCAAUAAAAGUAGAGAUUUCUCCAAUCCGAUGUACGAUGCCGUACAAUCAGGAACGAAUUCCGAUCCAAUUGGAUCAGGAAUUUACGAAGUGCCAACAGAUGUAGCAAAAACAAAAUCAGCAACUGGUCCAUUUACUGAACCAGUGUCUGCGAUCUUAGCUCCCAGUAGCAUAACACACAAAUCGUCGCCAACACUUCAACUACGCACAAAAGAACUGGAUCCAUCGGCGGAUACCGGCAAGGAUACCCAACAACUAGUUGAAGAAGAUAAGUCUGAUUGCUGAUAUUAAUACAAAAAAGAGUGAAAAAAUGAGUAAAAGGAAAGUAAUAAAAAAAGUGAAAGAAAAAAUCUUACAAAAAAAAAACACUUAGAAAUAAAGAUAAAAUCGUUGACUUUACAAUGUUAGUGCAAGAAGUGAAAGAAAAUUUAUUUGUUUCCUUCUCAUUUUUUGCCGUUCUUUUGUUUGUAGUUUAGGAUGCAAAUGAUAGAGAAAUAUCUGCUAAGAAGAGAGACGAGAAACGUAUCACAAAUCCAUUAAUUUUUUAUUGUUUCCUUUUGAUAAAAAGAAAUUGAUUCCUUCAAUGGAUAGAGCGAGAACAAAGGAAGUAUUUUUUUUUCUGGUCCGAUCUUUGCAUAAUAAAAUUUGCUUCGGAAAUAAAACAAAUUUUUAUUUAGAUUGGAGCAUAGCUCAGAUUUUUAUACAAUUUAUGACAUAAGAAUAAACAUAAAUUUAAAAACAAAAAAAAUAUUUAUUUUCCUGUUUGAUUUUUUGAUUUUGUUUGGUUAACAGAGACAUUCCUUUAUGAACAUACCUUCCGGUUUCGAAUAUUUAUUUUUGUUUGGUUAAAUUUUUAAAAUUCACGUUAUGGAACUUCUAUUCGAAAUUCAAUUAAAAUUUAUUUUUUAAGGCGAAAAAAACAUUCCCCUCGAAACUGUGACUAUUAAAAAAAAAAUUAUCCCAAGCACACACAUACACCUAAUUAUAACUAAGUUUGUUGUUGUUGUUACGUUUAUAUUUCUUAAAUCAUUUUUUUUUCUCUUAUAAAAAUAUAUUAACACAAAGAAGAGACAACAUCACAUUAUAAUCCUGUCUACCACUCAUUCGAAACAAUCUGUUUUUAAUUGUUUUAGAAAAAAUCUCAUUUCAAUUAAAUAGAGAAGAUUGAUAGGGCCCAGUAUUACAAGACAAAUUAUGUUCCCAAUGAAAUUCUCUGCCACUAAAUUAACGAAAAUUGUCUUACCUGUUUUCGUACAUGGUUUCGGAUUGAAAACAAACAUUUUGAGUAUUAAAUGGAAAGCAAAGAAAUGUACGUUAUCGAUGAUUAUCAACCGAUUACCGGUAGUCGUUCUUAUUAACAUAUUCAUGUGAUGCCGAAAUACUGAAAAAUUUGUUGAUAAUUACCGACAAUCUUGGUUUAUUGCACAGAAUAUCCUAAAAUAUUGGUAUCAUUUCCUCACCCAUUUGCAGCUUUGAACGAAUUACAGUCACUUUACUUCCCCGUCCUACGUUGUUCGUUGGCUCAUUUCCAUUAUUUCUGCUCAAUGAAAUGUUACAAAUUCAAUUCCAGCAGACAUCAUUAUCAGUUCUAGUGGGCAGAGAAACAUUUUGUUUAAUAUUAUUGAUCCUCUAACUCCGAGCUUAGUUUUUGUUUAAAUUUAAAAAAAAAUUAAAAUCGGUUAAGCUUCGUUCAAUAUUCAUUCCUAUUGUCUAAUCGAAUUUCAUUGCUACUGUCCAAUAAGAAUUUUAUAGUAGCAGGGUGCUGUUCUGACAACAUUGAUUGGUACUACAAUCGAAUGAAUUUUACAAAAAUGUUUAGUGCAUGUAAACUGUCGAAAGUGGAUUUCCAUGAUCAUCGACAUUAAGACAUUAAGCUCGUGUAAAGACAGAAUUUCUCUUUGAUCUUCUUUGUUUUAGAUUGAGACAUUUUUUUCUAUGUUUUGUUGGCGCAUUUGUAGUUAAACUACUAGCGCUGGUCGCUAAAGUGUGGAUGAAUAAAUUAAUGACAUAUUUUAAAUGAAACAAAUUACAAGAAAAGGUUUCUCGGAUUUUUUUGUUUUGUUUUGUCUCACCUCACCUUAAAAGAAGAAUGGUAAUAUUGAAGGAAAAUCACUGGUGCAGAAUAAUACAAUACCGGCGAACAAUGAACAAAUCGAUCAAAUUUAUCCAAAUCAAUUUAUUUUAGUCACAAAAAGUAUUUCAGUUAAAAAAAAGUAUUUUCUUUCAUUGAAUAUGUAUCAAAGAACUGUAUUUCUCAGAAUAUUUUGUUUUCUGUUUUGUUUUAUUAAACUUUAUAAACGCAAACAUAUUGAAAUUAGUGCAACACCGUCCAAUUAGGCUAUAAAUGUUUUAUUCCGAAGAAAAAUAGAUAAAUUUAAAAAUAAAAAAAGAAAACAAUUGAGGAAGGAGGAGAAGAAAAUAUCUUACAAUUUAAACAAACAUAACACAUCAUCGUAGGAACUAGGGGAUUAAGAAUUUAUAAAAAAAAUAUGAUGCAAAUAACCAAAAUCUAAAAGAAAAAAGAAAAGAAAAUUAUUCUGCAUCAUGAAAACAUAUUUAGAGAGGAAAAAAAUGGAUAAAUAAAAAAAUAGUUAAAAACUCGGCUAUUGAUUAAAUGUGUAAAUAGCUUUAUGGAAUAGUCGUCUCGAAACAAAAAAUCGAUUUUUAAUAAUGAAUUUUUUUGGUCUUUUCUACAAGGCGAAAAAAUUACAUAAAAAACAGAAA